AUGGCUUCCAAGCAAAUGCUGGCUGCAGUGGUGGCCGCCUCGAUGGCCCUCGUCUUCCUGCCCACGCUCGCCUCCGCCACGGAUCACGUCGUGGGCGACAGCCAAGGCUGGACGCUCGGCUCCCACAACGUGGCGGAGGUGAGCGGGCCGGACUUCAAGGCGUGCAACAAGGCGGCGGCCACCUCCGUCUGGAACUCCGGCGACGACCAGCUCAGCCUCGACAAGCCGGGCCGGAGGUGGUUCAUCUGCACGGUGGGCAGCCACUGCCAGCUUGGCAUGAAGCUCAACGUCACCAUUCUUCCAGCCACCACGGCGACCCCGCUGCCGGCACCAGCGCCGGCGCCGGCGCCGUCUCAGCCUCAGUUGUCUCGGCGCGCUCUCUCCAACUGGUGA